CAAAUGUUUAGUGCUCCACACUUCAGUGAUCUCCGCCUUGAAGAUGGCAGCCGGUUUAGCUCAGGAUGCUUUGGGAGAAGAAUUGACAUGUGCGAUUUGUUUGGAGAUCUACACGGACCCCGUCGUUCUCGACUGCAAGCACAACUUCUGCUGCACCUGUAUCGAAGAGACCUGGUCAGCUACGGUCAGUUACUCGUGUCCGGAAUGCAGGACCGAAUACAGCGAGAGGCCGACGCUGGAACGGAAUUUAAAGCUGGCGAACAUUGUUCAAAGAUACCUGGCUCUGGGGGUCUCCCAGAACGCGGUUCUGUGUAACUACUGCACCCUGAAGGCGCGGUCAGCCGUCAAAACCUGUCUGAAGUGCGAAGCCUCGAUGUGUCCGGAGCACCUGAGGCACCACACCGAGAGCGCCGUCUUCAAAAACCACCUCCUGAUCGAACCUACUGCAGACGUAUCCCGGUGGAAAUGCACGGAACACCAGGAGCUGCUGAAGAUUUAUUGUAAAGAUGAUCAAGUCUGUGUCUGCACCCUCUGUACUUUAAUCGGGAAACACAAGGAUCACCGCUGCGACAGCAUCAGCGAGGGAGAGAAGGAGCUGAGGAAUCAUUUGCAACAUCAGCUUCAGAAGAUCCGAAAUAAUGUUGAAACUGUUCAAUUAGCUGUGAGUGAUCUUCAGAAAGAGAAGAGCAAUGCACAGAGUGUGAAAAAGAAUGUGCAAAUGAAAAUUAAAGCAAAAUACGAGACACUGAGGAAGCACAUUGAUAAGGAGGAGAGAAGAAUUCUGCGACUCCUGGAAAUUGAGCAAACCCGGAUGGUCACCGAGAUUGAUGGCAAGAUCACUGAACUUGAAAGGAAAGUGAGAGACUUUGAAAGGUCCUUUUCUGAUCUCAGUGAACUUCUGAAGCACAAUGAGGAACUUUCAUUCAUUCAGCAGCUUAAUUCAAUGGCAGACAGAAUGAAGGAAGCAUCUGAACCAUUCAUGGCACCGACCCCCACCUCUGAUCAGGGUAAAACUGUUGUGGAAAGGCUGGCAGAGUGGGUCCAAAGGCAGUAUGUGGCAGCACCCACACCAACCCUGGACAGCAACUUCCUGCUUUCAGCAUCCGUAAUCUCAUGUCUCACUCAGCCCCUCCUUUGCCUCAAAGAUGGACAGACGCCAAGCCUGGACCCUCGCACGGCAUUUCCGCAUCUAAUCCUGUCUGAUGGUAACCAGUCUGUGUCGGGUUCCAAGCACCAGCAGCCUUACCCUGAUAGCCCCAAGAGGUUCAACUACUGGUGGCAGGUUUUAUGCACGGAGAGAGUGAGCACCGGCCGCUGCUACUGGGAGGUGGAAGUGGGUGGAGAACGCCGCCGCUGGGAUAUCGGUGUAUGUUACGAGAGCCUGAGACGGAAGGGCGAGGGUAAAGAAUGUUCCCUGGGACAAAACAAGGAAUCAUGGUGCCUGUACUCUGAGCCGGGCAGUCUGGCAGCCUUGCACGAUGAUAACAUUACCACGCUGACUGUUCAGAUGCCCAGCAGGGUGGGCGUCUAUGUGGACUUUGAAGGGGGAAUGAUUUCCUUUUACAGUGUGGUGGACAAGAAAUUAGUGCCUUUACACACCUUUCAACAGCAAGUGUUCACUAAACCCCUCCACCCAGCACUGGGAGUGGCUGAUUUCACCACAUCCUUGUCGCUAUGCAUUCUCAAGUGAUAAGUUCAGUACUGUACUUAUACUAUGUAUGCAAAAUAAGACCAUAAGGCAUAGGAACAGA